AUGUCCCGCCUGCUGCAUGCAGAAGAGUGGGCCGAGGUGAAGGAGUUGGGGGACCACCAUCGCCACCCCCAACCUCACCACCUCCAGCCUCCGCCACCGCAGCCACCUGCCACCUUGCAAACGAGGGAGCCGCCGGUGUACCCCGCCGAGCUGUCUCUCCUGGACAGCACCGACCCACGCGCCUGGCUGGCUCCCACUUUGCAGGGCAUCUGCACGGCACGCGCCGCCCAGUAUUUGCUGCAUUCGCCCGAGCUGGGCGCCUCGGAGGCCGCGGCGGCCCCGGAGGAGGUGGACGGCCGGGGGGAUCUGGGCCGGAGGAGCGGCGGCGGCGGCGGCGGCGGAGGGCUCCAUAAGAACGCAGGGUCGUCCUCGGCGAAAGUGCGGGAACAGUUGUGCAAGCUGAAAGGCGGCGUGGUGGACGAGCUGAGCCGCCAGCGAGCCCCUUCCAGCAAACAGGUGAAUGGGGUGCAGAAGCAAAGACGGCUGGCGGCCAACGCCCGGGAGCGGCGCCGGAUGCACGGGCUGAACCACGCCUUCGACCAGCUGCGCAACGUUAUCCCGUCCUUCAACAACGACAAGAAGCUGUCCAAGUACGAGACCCUGCAGAUGGCCCAGAUCUACAUCAACGCCCUGUCCGACCUGCUGCAGACGCCCAGCGGCGCGGAGCAGCCCCCGCCGCCCCCGGCCGCCUGCAAAAGCGACCACCACGCUCACCUGCGCGCCGCCGCCUCCUACGACGGGGGCGCGGGCUCCGCCUCCGCCGCCGGGGCUCCGCCGCCGCCCGCCGGGGCCCCGCGGCCCCCUGCGCCCGGGGGCUGCCGGACUCGCUUCCCGGGCCCGGCGUCCAGCGGGGCUUACUCGGUGCCGCUGGACUCCCUGCACUUCUCCACGUUCGAGGACAGCGCCCUGACGGCGAUGAUGGCGCCCAAGAACUUGUCGCCGGCUCUGCCCGGGGGCCUCUUGCAGCCGGGGUCGGAGGAGAAUAGCAAAACGUCGCCCAGGUCCCACCGAAGCGAUGGCGAAUUUUCCCCUCGUUCCCAUUACAGUGACUCGGAUGAGGCCACUUAG